UGCCGGGGCGCGGCCAUGGCGGAGGCGCGGCCGCUGCGGCUGCUGGCGCUGCACGGGUACCGGCAGAGCGCCUGCCGCCUCCGCCAGCGCACCGGCGCGCUCCGCAAGGCCCUGCGCGGCCGCGCCGAGCUGGUGCCCAUCGACGCGCCGCACCGCCUGCCCGCCAGCGCUGAGGACGACCCCGACGGGGAUGACCCCCCCCGCGGCUGGUGGUUCUCCGGGCCCGGCACGUUCGAGGCGGGCGAAGCGGCCGCGGCUCCGGCGGGGCUGGAGGAGUCGCUGUCGGCCGUGGCGGCGGCGCUGGCGGAGCACGGGCCCUUCGACGGGCUGCUGGGCUUCAGCCAGGGCGCGGCGCUGGCCGCCAUGGUGUGCGCGCUGCGGGCCCGCGGCGACCCGCGCUUCCCGGUGGCCUUCGCCGUGCUGGUGGCCGCGUUCGCCAGCCGCGCCCCGGCACACGGACACUUCUACCGGGAGCCCAUCGCCCUGCCCUCGCUGCACGUCGUGGGCGACACGGACGCCGUGAUCGCAGCGGCGCUGAGCAGGGAGCUGGCGCAGUGCUUCGUGGAGCCCGUGGUGCUCUCGCACCCCGGCGGGCACUUCAUCCCCGCGGCUGCGGCGCAGAAGAAAGCCUACCUGGAAUUCCUGGAACGCUUCUGCCCCGGGCAGGGCCAGGCCGAGCGCCCAGAGGCUGGGGAGGCUCGAGAAGGGGCUCUGUAAUAAAGAAGGGCUCUGGUGAGCCAUGUGCAGCCACCCAUCCUGUGAAACUUCACUGUUUCCGUGCCUCCAGAGGGACCAGAGAACAGCUCACUGCUCUUCAGUGUUCACCCAGGCCAGGCUCAAUGGUUCUUUUAUCUCCCUUUUUUUCAGCUUUGUUGUAUACAUCAGUAUAAAAUAUAUAUGUAUAUAUA